GUUGCUGGUUCUGUUGAGGGAAAGCCGCGUCCCUCAACAGCAUCCUCGCUCUCCUUCACCUGUAGUAUAUGUGCCCUUUUUCCCCACAAGAGGAAGAGAUUCGGCCCCUAACGCUACCAGUUAGGAUAUUUAUCGCGCGCCGUUAAGAUUCAGGAGCAGUGAAAAAUGACCACUGCUAACAAGACACCACCCGGUGCAGAUCCAAAGCAACUGGAAAGGACUGGAACUGUUCGAGAAAUUGGAUCACAAGCUGUUUGGUCACUUUCCUCUUGUAAACCAGGAUUCGGUGUGGAUCAGUUACGAGAUGAUAAUCUAGAAACAUACUGGCAGUCUGAUGGAUCACAACCUCAUUUGGUGAACAUUCAAUUCAGGAGGAAAACAACGGUGAAAACGCUGUGUAUUUAUGCAGAUUAUAAAUCAGAUGAAAGCUACACUCCAAGUAAGAUCUCUGUCAGGGUAGGAAACAACUUCCACAAUCUACAGGAAAUCCGGCAACUUGAAUUAGUGGAACCCAGUGGUUGGAUUCACGUAGCCUUAACAGAUACUCAUAAGAAACCUAUCCGCACUUUUAUGAUUCAGAUUGCUGUUUUAGCCAAUCACCAAAAUGGAAGAGACACUCAUAUGCGGCAAAUCAAGGUGUAUACGCCAGUGGAAGAAAGUUCUAUUGGUAAAUUUCCUAGGUGUACAACAAUUGAUUUCAUGAUGUAUCGUUCAAUCAGGUAAACAAAGCUCAAUUUUGUACUAAAGCAUUGUAUUUUUGUUUAAUUUUCAAAUAAAGACAUAAAAUCUU